AACAGGAAAUGCAUGUAUCUUCCUUUCAUCGUAAAAGAAACAAAAGUUGAACAAACGUAUUUUAUUUUGAAAGCAAACAUAAGUUGGUCUAACUUAUUGUAUAAUGUGUCACGCUUGACGCUUGUGCAACUUCAACGCUGUAUUUUACUACGUCGUUUCCUCCCUUCGGUAUUGGGAACUGUAGAAGUACUUUAGCCACAAAGUUCUACUCGCUACAGUACGUUUCGAGGUUUAUUGUCGCCGUCGAGCCGGAUGACAUGUCCGACUAACGUUUCAGUGGGAGGCUUUUCGUCAAGAGUUUUCAAGUCCGGCCUGUGCGUGUGUUGUUCCCCAUCAGUGCAGCUGGUGGCUAACAAGACGCCAAGCAGAAAUGUCACUGACAGAAUAUGAGAGACAUUUCGACUCGCUAAAUUCAGAUUUGGCCGGCGGCUCCGUGUUGAGCGAGCGAACGGCGUCGGCCACGUUUAAUGGCGAAGAGGAGAAGUUGCAUUACAUUCCCAUCCGGAUCCUCGGGAGGGGGUCGUUUGGUGAAGCGACGCUGUACAGAAGAACUGAGGACAACUCCCUGGUAGUGUGGAAGGAGGUGGAGCUGAACUCCCUGUCUGAACGUGAACGCAGAGAUGUCAUGAAUGAAAUAAGCAUCCUCUCUAUCCUGGAGCACAACAACAUCAUUGCCUACUUCAAUCACUUCAUGGAUAAAAACACUUUGCUCAUUGAGCUGGAAUACUGCAAUGGGGGGAAUCUGUAUGACAAAAUCGUCCAACAGAAAGGGAACCUUUUUAACCAGGAGGUGGUUAUUUGGUAUCUGUACCAGGUUGCUUCAGCUGUGGCCUACAUUCAUAAGGCUGGCGUUUUACAUAGGGAUAUCAAAACGCUCAACAUUUUCUUGACCAAGACUGACCUCAUCAAGCUUGGUGACUAUGGCCUGGCAAAGAAACUCUGCUCUGAGUUUUCAAUGGCAGAGACGUGCGUUGGAACUCCAUAUUACAUGUCACCUGAGCUGUGCCAGGGAGCGAAGUACAACUUCAAAUCAGACAUCUGGGCCAUGGGCUGUGUAAUUUAUGAAGUUUUAACCCUUACAAGAACGUUUGAUGCAACGAAUCCUUUGAAUCUGUGUGUAAAAAUAGUCCAGGGAAAUUGGACUAAGGAUGUGAACCCUGACGUUUAUUCCUCUGAGUUGAUCAAGCUGGUCUAUGAGUGUCUUGAUCAAGAUCCAACAAAGAGGCCAACGUCAGACCAGAUUCUUGACCAGCCAGUCAUCUCCUCAUGCCGACAGGAGCUUAAAGAACGAGUUGCUUUGCUGAAUUCAGCAAUGAAGAAACCAAAGUUUGGUACAGCGACGGAGACCCCUGUUGCUGUAGUAACCACACGCUCGAGGGAGGUGUAUUUCUGGGGCGGUGGCAAGUUCACGCCCCAGAAACUGGACACCUUUAAAGGGGGCAGCAGUGCCCAACACGUCUGUGCCGGAGAGUGUCACUUUGCGGUGGUGACGGUAGAGAAAGAGCUCUACACUUGGGCUAAUGUUCAAGGCGGAGCUAAAAUGGUGGGCCAACUCGGGCAUGGGGACCAGGCUUCCUACCGACAGCCCAAAAGGGUAGAAAAGCUGCAGGGCAAAGCCAUCAGACAGGUGACGUGUGGCACCGACUUCACUGCCUGUGUCACUGAUGAGGACCAAAUGUACAUGUUUGGUUCAGACUAUUAUGGCUGUAUUGGUGUGGAGGGCGUAAUGGGCAUGGAGAUCUUGGAGCCAGUGCUUCUGGAGUUUUUUGAGGAGCGGCCCGUCCGUCAAGUUUCUUGUGGAGACAACCACGUUGUGGUGUUGACCCACAGCGGCGAAAUCUUCUCAUGGGGCUGCGGCGAGUACGGGCGUCUGGGUUUGGAAUGUGAGGACGAUUUUUCUUCUCCAAUGCAAGUGGACCUGCCCAAAGGCGCCGCCAUCUCUUCUGUGUCAUGCAGCAGUGACGGAACCUUCUAUUUGACAGACACUGGCAAAGUCCUGGCUUGUGGAAACAAUGAAUUCAACAAGCUGGGUCUGAACCAGGAAUUUUCAGGUCUCAAAAACCACACUGGAGAGGGUUAUCAGGGAAUCCCAUACAUCACCACACUGACGUUGGCGAAGCAGCUGUCACGUUUCAAGAUUCAGGCCAUAGCGCCAGGGAAGUCCCACACCGCUGCUAUUGACGAACGUGGUCGCCUCAUCACUUUUGGCUGCAACAAAUACGGUCAGCUUGGUGUUAAAGAUUUCAAGAAACACCAAGGUGUACAACUCCUGGUUGGUCCUUUUGGGGGGAAGAUAGUCACUAAAGUGUCUUGCGGGGAUGGCUUCACCAUUGCAGCCACUGAGGACAAUCAGAUCUUUGCAUGGGGAAAUGCAGGAAAUGGACGACUUGGAAUGCCCGCUGAUAAAGGAUUUGGUUCGGAGGUUUGUCCUGCCAUGCCAAGGCCAAUCUUUGGAUCUCUCCACCACGUACCAGAUCUUUCUUGUCGUGGCUGGCACACCAUCAUCAUCAUGGAGAAAGUGCUCAACUCCAAGACCAUUCGCUCCAACAGCAGUGGACUCUCAGUUGGUAGUGGGAUGGAACAGGACGGUUCCAUAUCUAGUGGGUAUCUGGAAAUAAAUCCGGGUUCAGAGACGGAGUGUCUUGACAGAGGCCUUGGUGGUACAGCGGAGGUUGAUUCUGAAGCUUGCAACUUGGAGACACCAAUGAUGUCCAUGGCAAAUCAGACUGGAGACAGUUCAUGUCCUUUAUGGCUAAGAAAGGAGCUGGAGGACGCGGAGUUCAUCCCAAUGCCGGAGGGCUCCGAGUGUCCUCCUGAUCUCCUCCCAUCUUUUUCAGAGAGCACCACUCAACCGUAUGAGAACCUGAAGGAGCUAAAGGCUGUGGCAGCGGCCGUCAGCAGUCAACAUGACUUAUCGACUACACGAACUAGUGAUGACAAUCUAAGCGGACUGGAGGGGGCAGAGCUGUACAAAAAAGAAGCAUCGAUCACAUGUUGCAGUGCAAGUGCAGAGGUCGCACAGCUGCGAAUGAUGGUCACUCAGCAAGAGGUGAGGAUCCAGAUGCUGGAGAAGCAGGUCAGUGGCCAGCAAAUGGAGCACGAGCGGUUGUUGGCGGCAUUUAAUCAGCUGAUGGAAGCAAGAUGCGACAGUAAUGGCAACCAUUGUGCCGGUCAUGAGUCUGAGGAUGGAGGAGGAAGAGAGAGUGGAUUCACACAGCAUGGGGAAAGCUCUGCGGAGGGCAGUAUUUGAGUCUGUAAGUUGGUGUAGUUGAACUGGCUUGUUAGGGGAGAAUUGGCUUGCAGUUGAGGAUGCUGCCUCACACAAAACAACCUACAGUAUUUAUUUACCAGAGCACCAAGUUGCAUCAUAACGUUUUGUCAAAGCACGCUGGUUGCUUGCCGGUUUUCUACAGACUGAAAUGUUGGCUGGUUUCAACAUGAGGCGUUACACACAGCCAAACAAUCUUAGUGUUAUUCCGCAAUGUGAAUAUGAAGUCCUUGUUUUAGUGAUGUCAUGGCGAUGUCAUCAUGAGGCUCUGUCUUUUAUCUUGAAUCAGGUCUAACCUUUUUUUUUGAGCGGGCAUUUGUGGCCUUCAAACCGAGGUUUGUGUUUGAGCAAGAUUACACAAUAACAAUUUAACCAAUGUUUGUAAAACGUUGUGUGCAUAUACAGAAUAGAUACCAGAUAUUGGCAGAGGUCUGCACUCUUUGAGUGCUUCGCUUGAAGUUAUAUAUGAAAAUAGCGGUAAUUCUUCAAUAGUUUCUAGAGUACAUAAUUUAUUUCGUAAACUUGUCAGAGUCUCAUUACAGUAUAUGAAUGUGUUGUGAAUACGUUCACCUUUUUAAUGGUUUAAUGGUUUCCGAGCCUAAUUCACUGUUCUCAUAAAUGUGUGAUAUUUGAAACUUGUAAUGCAAAUAUAUGCUUUUAAAAUGUGCAUGUAUUAUUUUUAUAUAUUCUUUUGUGAGACUACUGAUGACUUGUUUCCCAAAAGGUUUCUCUCAUUGCCCUUGUGCGGCAUGUUUAAAGGCCUACUGAAAUGAUUUUUUUUUAUUUAAACGGGGAUAGCAGAUCUAUUCUAUGUGUCAUACUUGAUCAUUUCGCGAUAUUGCUAUAUUUUUGCUGAAAGGAUUUAGUAUAGAACAACGACGAUAAAGAUCGCAACUUUUGGUAUCUGAUAAAAAAAAGGCUUGCCCCUACCGGAAGUAGCGUGACGUAGUCAAUUGAACAUAUACGCAAAGUUCCCUAUUGUUUACAAUGAUGGCCGCAUGAAGUGAGAGAGAUUCGGACCGAGAAAGCGACAAUUUCCCCAUUAAUUUGAGCGAGGAUGAAAGAUUUGUGGAUGAGUAAAGUGCAAGUGAAGGACUAGUGGGGAGUUGAAGCUAUUCAGAUAGGGAAGAUGCUGUGAGAGCCGGGGGUGACCUGAUAUUCAGCUGGGAAUGACUACAACAGUAAAUAAACACAAGACAUAUAUAUAUACUCUAUUAGCCACAACACAACCAGGCUUAUAUUUAAUAUGCCACAAAUUAAUCCUGCAUAAAAAUACCUACGUGUUUGUUAUGCUAGCUCCUAGCUCCUCUGCUAGCUCCUAGCUCCAUAGAACACACCAAUACAAUUCAAACACCUGAUCAACACACACAAUCACUCAGCCCAAAAGACAGUUCACCUAACCCAAUGUUCAUAAAGCUUAUAUAUUUUUAAAAAGUUACGUACGUGACGCGCACAUACGGUCAAGCUAUCAAAUGUUUAGCAGCCAAGGCUGCAUACUCACGGUACCUGGUAUUCAGCUGGGAAUGACUAAAACAGUAAAUAAACACAAGACAUAUAUUUACUCUAUUAGCCACAACACAACCAGGCUUAUAUUUAAUAUGACACAAAUUAAUCCUGCAUAAAAACACCUACGUCUUUGUUAUGCUAACUCCUAGCUCCUAUGCUAGCUCCUAGCUCAAUAGAACACGCCAAUACAAUUCAAACACCUGAUCAACACACACAAUCACUCAGCCCAAAAGACCGUUCACCUAACCCAAGGUUCAUAAAGCUUAUAUAUUUUAAAAAAGUUACGUACAUACGCCAAAAAAAAGUUGCGCACAUACGGUCAAUCGAUCAAAUGUUUAGAAGCCAAAGCUGCAUACUCACGGUAGCACGUCUGCGUCUUUGUCAUCCAAAUCAAAGUAAUCCUGGUAAGAGUCUGUGUUGUCCCAGUUCUCUACAGGCGUCUGUGUAUCGAAGUCAAAAGUCCUCCUGGUUAGAGUCUCUGUUAUCCGAGUUCUUCCAUCUUGACUGCAUCUUUCGGGAAUGUAAACAAAGACGCGCCGGCUGUGUACUGUUGUUGCUGACUUCGUUCGAAAAAUACGUCCGUUUCGCACCGACAACUUUCUUCUUUGCUUGCUCAGCUUCUUUCUCCAUAAUGCAAUGAACAUAAUUGCAACAGAUUCACGAACACAGAUGUCCAGAAUACUGUGGAAUUAUGAAAUGAAAACAGAGCUUUUUUGUAUUGUAUUCAAUGGGGAAGGCAUACCUCUGUUCCCCGGGCUACGUCACGCACAUACGUCAUCCUCAGAGGCGUUUCGAACCGGAAGUUUAGCGGCAAAUUUAAAAUGUCACUUUAUAAGUUAACCCGGCCGUAUUGGCAUGUGUUAUAAUGUUAAGAUUUCAUCAUUGAUAUAUAAACUAUCAGACUGCGUGGUCGGUAGUAGUGGGUUUCAGUAGGCCUUUAAGUAUGUCGUAGAUAUGACAUACCAUGACACUUGAAUCGUGUUUUUGUAUUGUGUCUUUGGUACUUAAUGUUUGUUUUGGGGGGAGGGGUUUCAAUCUUUGAAAGCAAACUGUUUAUAUUGUUUGACUGUUUUUGUGUCUUGUAGCAAAUUUACAUAAUGUCUAAACACAUAGAUAUAUUCCGUUUUUUGUUUCAUAUGAAUCGUUACAUUUGGGUGAACAGUCAAAUGUAAAAGAAAAAGUAAUGUUUUAGCAUGACACAGUACUUGCAAUAUAAAUAUGAAAUUUGUGCCGGUAUAGGAUUUUUUUUUAAACUGUGUGGUUGCAUUAAAUGAAGAAACCCACUUGUAUAAUCCCUUGAUGCUUGUAAAGCGCAUGUAAAAUACAUCAAUACAAACUUUUAUUGUGUUAAUAAUAAAG